AAGUGAUAGAUUACUUGAGAAUCUGUCUGUGGCAUAAGUUCUCCUUGCUCGCGGCAGCAUUGGGAGGAAAAAAUCCGAUCCUGGCGUCGAAAGGAUAAAUUCCUAGGUUGAUUUGCUACAGUACAUAGUACUGUAACGACUUGGCGCGGACAAGGACUGCUGGAGGAGGCGAAAAUGAUGCAUCAGCAACCCAUGAUGGUUGGAGAAAUGAUACCGGUACACUCUGACAUACCCGUGCAUACUGAGGAAAUGAACAAUGUGGGCUACGAUAACAGUGGCUCAUAUGCCUACGAUGACCUGUUUCCGGCUCUGCCGCACUCUCAACCCCCUGUGCAACGUAAUAUUCAACAAGUUACUAACAAGAUGAGAGUUGGCUCUUCACUGCAUACCCAGGUGUUCCAUGUGCCAUAUGAGGAAAGAAAACUUGAUAAUGCUAAUACUUUUGGUGAGGGUGAGUCUUUGAGAACCUGUCAGGCCAUUACUAAAGACACUGGAGCACAUAUUGAGAUAUCAACUAGCAAAGAUGGAAGUCUGACUUUCCUUAUCACCGGAAAGCAUAGUGCGGUACUGGAUGCUAGGCGACAAAUUCUAACUCAUUUCCAACAACAGGCAAGCAAACAAAUAAACAUCCCCAAAGAGCAUUACCGCUGGAUCCUGGGAAAACAAGGCCAGAAACUUAAAGAAUUGGAAAAAGUGACUGCAACAAAGAUAAGCGUACCCAGUAUCUCUGAUAACAGUGAGAUAAUCACAAUUACCGGCACUAAGGAAGGUAUUGAAAAAGCUGAACAUGAAAUAAGAGUUUGCUCCGAAGAACAGUCACGUAAGGCAUUGGAACGUAUAACUGUACCGAAGAUCUACCAUCCAUUCAUCCAAGGACCAUUUGGUGAGCGCGCGCAGGCUUUGAGUGCGGAGACCGGGGCUCGCAUUCAUAUACCACCCACAUCCACUCAAAGCGAUGAAAUUGUUAUUGCCGGAGAAAAGAACGGAGUUCUGGCUGCUAAGACCCAAAUUGAACAAAUCUAUCAAGAAAUGGUCAGUAAAUGUUCAACUGUGCGAGUGGAGGUUCCGAAAUCUCAGCAUAAAUAUGUCAUUGGAGCUAGAGGAACAACCAUACAAGAGAUCUUAAGGGAAACUGGUGUGUCUGUCGAAAUGCCUCCUCCUGAUUCGCCUACUGGAACUAUUACUUUACAUGGACCCCAUAACAAGAUUGGAAUUGCGUUAUCAAUGGUUUGCGAUAAAGCCAACUCGGUGAAAACAGCAACGGUUGAUGCGCCAACAUGGAUUCAUAAAUACAUAAUUGGAAAGAAUGGGUCUAACAUUAAAAAGAUAACUCAGGACUUAUCAAAGGUCCAUGUUGACAUAACGCAUUCUGAAGAUAAGGUUAAAAUCGAUGGUCCCCCGGAAGAAGUGGAGAGAGCUCAAGUGGAGCUGGACGACUUUGUGAAGAACCUACUUGCUACCCUUACUUAUGUUGAACUUUCUGUUGAUCCUAAAUUUUUCAAACACAUAAUCGGCAAAAAUGGAACUAACAUUAAUAGACUGAAGGAUGAGACUGGUGUAGUUAUUAAUAUUAUCGAAAACGAAGGCAAUAACGUUAUUCGUAUCGAAGGUAGCCAUAAGGGUGUCGAAGACGCCGAAAGGGAACUGAGGGAAAUGGUGAUGAAACUAGAGAACGAAAGGAAUAAAGAAGUUUAUGUAGAUCAUAGAUACAUAAAAUCGCUGAUCGGUGUUAGGGGAGAUAAGAUCAAGGAAAUUCGCGAUAAGUUUGACCGCGUACUUAUAACUCUGCCCGACCAGGGUCAGAAGAGAAGCCCUAUCAAAUUAAGGGGACCACAGGAAGACAUUGAGAAGUGUGAAAAGUACUUACACAAGGUGAUCAAAGAGAUUGCGGAGUCGUCGUAUGUGCAGGAAGUGCCUAUUUUCAAACAGUUCCAUAAGUUUAUUAUUGGCAAAGGUGGCGUGAAUUUGAGAAAGAUUAGAGAUGAAACGCAAACCGUCAUCGAUCUCCCGGCGGAGGGUGACGACAGUGAUGUUAUUACUGUGCGAGGGAAACGCGAUAAUGUGGAAGAAGCUGUGCGUAGGAUCCAACAGAUCCAUAGUGAAAAGGCUAAUAUAGUCACGGAAGAGGUGACUAUCGCUCCCAAGCAUUACAACUCCUUAAUCGGAACAGGUGGCAAGUUGAUCCAUUCUAUUAUGGAGGAGUGUGGAGGUGUAUUGAUUAAAUUCCCUUCCACGGACAGCGAUAGCGACAAAGUCGUUAUCAAGGGACCUAUUGAGGAUGUUGAGAAAGCCAAAGUGCAACUCUUGGCACACGCCUCCGAACGCGAGCUCACCUCGCACACAGCCACCGUCCGCGCCAAGCCUGAACAUCACAAGUUCCUUAUCGGAAAGAAUGGAACCAACAUUAAAAAGAUUCGAGAGCAAACCGGAGCUAGAAUCGUUUUCCCGACUGAUAAGGAUGAGGACAAAGAAGCUAUCUUCAUUAUAGGUCGCGAGGAGCAAGUGUCGCAGGCGCGCAAGCAGCUGGAGGCGGCGGUGGCGGAGAUCAGCAACGUGUCGGAGGGCGAGAUGGCGGUGCCGCCGCGCCACCACCGGCACUUCGUGGCGCGCCGCGGCGAGGUGCUGCGCCGCAUCGCCGACGACUGCGGCGGCGUGCAGAUCUCCUUCCCGCGACAGGGCGUCAACAGCGACCGCGUCGUGCUCAAGGGGCCCAAGGACUGCAUCGAGGCGGCUAAAGUGCGCAUCAACGAGAUCAUUGAAGAUUUGGAGGCAAAGGUGACAAUAGAGUGUGUGAUAUCACAAAAGCACCAUCGCACCGUGAUGGGCGCCCGGGGCUCCAAGGUGAAGGACAUCACCGCGGAGUUCGACGUCCAGAUCAAGUUCCCGGAGCGCGACAACGCGGAGGCAGCUGACGUGCCGGUGCGGGCGGAGGACGCGGAGCCCGGCGCUAACGACAUCAUCAGAAUUACUGGUCGCCCAGAGAACUGUGAGGCUGCAAAGAAAGCACUAUUGGAUCAGGUCCCGAUAACAAUAGAUGUGGAUGUGCCUUUUGAAUUGCAUAAACUUCUCGCUGGCCAGAAGAGGCGUGAGUUGAUGCAAACUUAUGAUGUUCAUAUCCUGAUGCCUCCCAUUGAGGAGACCUCUGAUCAGGUCAAGGUGACUGGAACUCCAGCUAAUGUGGAAAAAGCCAAACAAGCUCUUUCCGAAAAAAUUGUCGAGAUGGAGAAAGAAAAGGAAGAUCGACUUCUCAGGUCAUUCGAGUUGAAAUUCAAAGUGGAUCCUGAAUACCAUCCUUUGGUCAUUGGGAAGGGUGGGUCAGUGAUCACGAAGAUCCGCACCGAUUAUGGAGUACAAAUCAACUUGCCCAAGCGCGGGGACCCCGAUGAUGAUAUCAUCACCAUCCAGGGCUAUGAGGACAAGGCGCAGCAGGCCAAGGAUGCCAUUAUGGCUAUUGUGCAUCAACUUGNCAACCAAUACCGUGAUGAAGUUGAUAUUGACCCGCGCGUACACAGACGGCUUAUCGGUCUCAAGGGGAAGAAUAUCAGGCGUAUCAUGGACGAGUUCAAGGUGGACAUCCGCUUCCCCAAGCACGGCGAUGAGAGCAUCGUCGUCAUCACCGGCGACGAGGACAACGUGCUCGACGCCAAGGACCAUCUGCUGAAUCUGGCAGAGGAAUAU